CCUCUAUUAUUAGAAAGUAAACAUAUUUAAGUUUAAUGCAAGUUUGGUUUGAUCAAAAAAAAAUAUGUAUUGGCUUUUCUGGUUGUUCGGUAGUCAAACUCGCACCCAAGUCACUAGAGUUGAUGCAAAAUAUCAUCACAUAUGAAUAAAAAUAUAUGGUCGAAAACUACUUAUAGAGUUUGGUAGGUCGUAUUUUCCAAGAUUUAAAACUCAUGUUUUUUUUGUUGAAAAAUACCAGAAAAAGAAUCAUAUGGUAUAUAUCCAAACUUGAAAAUAUAUCUGUAUCUAUUUUUCCCCCUCACAAACGAGAAGAGAAACAAAGAAAAUUAAGAAGAAAAAUGGGUGUUCUUGAUCACGUCUCUGAAUACUUCGAUUGCUCCAGUGGCGACUCCAAGAGACACAGAAGUCUACAGACGGUGGACGUGAGGGUUUUAAUAGAUUGUGAAGGAUGCGAGAGGAAAGUGAGAAGAGCGUUAGAAGGAAUGAAAGGAGUGAGAGAUGUAACAAUCGAGCCUAAUGCUCAGAAAGUGACAGUGGUUGGUUACGUGGAGCCAAACAAAGUGGUGGCUCGGAUCAUUCACAGGACCGGCAAAAGAGCCGAGCUGUAUCCUUACGUUCCUUACGACGUUGUGGCUCAUCCUUACGCGUCUGGUGUCUACGAUAAUAGAGCUCCGGUUGGGUACGUUAGGAACACCGAGUACGAUCCACAUGUGUCACGGCUCGCACGUGCUAGCUCCACUGAAGUACGUUAUACUACAGCGUUUAGCGACGAGAACGCCUCCGCUUGUGUGGUUAUGUGAUUCUUGUUUGCUUCUGUGUGCGUUGAUGUGUUUCCGAGAAUUGGAUUUUGUUUGUUUGUUCAUGUUGGUAUGUAAUGUUGUAAGAGAUAAGGUCAAUGAAACAAUGUAAAUUACAUGUUGUUAAAAUGGUUAUGCAUGUUUCAUUUUAUCUUUUGAACGA